UUAAAUGAAAGGUAUAAUGAAAAAGAUAGAAGAGUCGAAGGUUCGUCGUAUCAGCGUACAGUCCUGCGCGAGGAGUAGGGGUAGCAUGUUCGGAUACAAAGUGGGGGAUUCGAGGGUGCCGCUCGGCACGAAUCGUGCCCGUCCGAGUAGUGUCAGUAGGGACGUGAAACGAGGGGGUCUAUGUUAAUUUUCGUUCUGUUUUCCCAGUCAUUCCUUGCUAAUAAUCUCUUUCUUCUCUCCCUCGUUAAUUCGACCAAUCGCGUGUGCUAUUCUUUUUUCGGUCUUAAGACCUUCGACGAAGAGAGAAAAAUAAAAAGGAAAAGAAAAAGAAAAAGAAGGGUAGAAGGGAAGAAAAAGGAGUGUAUGUAUAACUUUUUGUCGAGGACCAGACGACAAGCAAGACGCUCGAUACAACACGUCGUGUCCCUUCGGCGCGCUGCUUGACAACGAGGAGACGACGACGACGACGACGACGACGACAAGAAGAAGAAGAAGAAGAAGUGCCCUUUAUCGAACGAUCUCUUCUCCUCUCGCGUGCACGUGUUGUCCCUUGGAACAAGGGAAAGGAGAGAAAUCAAAAGAAGAAGAACAAAAUAAGUCCUGACUCUUCUCUCGAUAAAAAGAAAAAGAAGAAUAAUAUAAUAAUAAUAAUAAUAAUAAUAAUAAUAAUAAUAAAAAGGGAAAAAAGGAUUUCGAAUGUAGGGCUGGAAGGGCUUCGUAUAAGAUGCCAGCGGUUCUCGAGGCGAAUAAACGUUCAGGGUUUCAGGCGGAUAAGGAAGAAAGUUCAGGAGAACGACUAUUACGAGAGGAAAAGAGGCAACAGGAGCAGAACCACCGGGGCCAUCGGCCCUCGGGGUGCACCACCUCUUCUUCUUCUUUUUCUUCUUCUUCUUCUUCUUCUUCUUCUUCUUCUUCUUCUUCUUCUUCUUCUUCUUCUUCUUAAUGCUACGGUGUGUGGCUGCGAACGAAGGCAACGUGCACGUAUACAUAAACCUACGAUCAUCAAUUUGUCUCGGUUCGUUCUUGUCCUUAGCUAAUUGUAAGGGCACCGGUGUGAGGAAUAGGAAAAUUUUACAAGUUGAUAAGUAUAAGGAACCUAGCAAGAGCGUGAACGCGAUCUAAUAUAAUUUACUUUGCUUCAUUCACACUUCGUUCAUCUCGAUCGUGUUUAGAUACACUUUGGUAACACCGAUAAUUAAAGUAUCCUAUCUUUCUUGAUCAUCGUUUAUACGAUUAUAAGCAACGACAGAUUGCUUAUUGUUAUUGUUCUUGUUAUUGUUAUUGUUGUGAAAGAUAAAGAGAGAAAAAUAUGCCAGCAUUACCGAGUACGAUCGAAUCGCGACACGUCGACGACGUGACGCCACAUUCGAUGAUUGCCUCGUCACCGUCAUCUUCAUCAGCAUCCUCGUCCUCUUCGGGAUCAUCCUCGGCGUCGUCACCACCGACACCAAGAAUGACAAGUCCACCGAUUGUUUCUACGACAGGGUGUUAUCUACCGGAAUCAAGAUUGAUCUCUAGAUCGAUCAAUUCAACUAGAUACCCAGAAGAAAUGGAGGAUACCGGGAGAAGUAAUAAUAAUAAUAAUAAUAAUAAUAAUAAUAAUAAUUCAGGAUCGACAGGUAGUAGUGGUAGUAGUAGUAGUAAAUCCACCAUAGAUGCCAGACCAAGGCAAAGUUUAUCGAAAAGUUCCGCUUCGUUGCGGAGUCUCGUACGAAGAAAAAGUCGACGACAAACUGGUAAUGGUGGUGGUGGUGGUGGUGGCAACGUCACCGGUGGAUCAUCAUCUAUCAUCGAAUCCAAUAACGAUUCCCGACACUCUCGUAAUCAAAUUUUCGAAGAUGGGCUUAAUCGGAGACGAGAAAGUACAGCUGGAGAUGAUGAGACAACUAUGUACACCAAUGGAAAAUCAUCUAAUCGAAGGGUACCUUCUUCUGUAGUUAGAGGAACAACGGUAACAGGAAUAGUUGGAGGACAGGACAAUAAUAAUAUCGGUCAGGAUGUUUCCUCGUCUAUAAGCAACGUUGCAUUCGUUCCUCCCACUGUUGUCUCAAACGCCAACAGGUUUGUACGAACGACAUCUUCGUCUCUCGUGCGUGCAAUUAGCACACCUGGAGCAUCUACUUCAAACUCAUCCUCGCAUUGGAACAAUUCGAACGAACAGGAAACCGAUUACGUUGUCGAUCCUGUUCAAGGGAAGGCAUAUUACAAGGGCCAAUUUCUUGGGAGAGGGGGCUUUGCAAGGGUCUACCUAAUGACCGACGUCAGUGAUGGAAAUCAAUACGCUUGCAAGAUAAUCCCGAAAAAUCGGAUGCAGAAAAUCCACAUGCAAAAGACCGCACGCGAAAUCAUAAUCCAUAAAGAAUUGAAUCAUGUGAACGUUGUACAAAUGCAUCAUUACUUCGAGGACAACUUAAACGUAUAUAUGUUGUUGGAACCCUGUCCGCGAAAGAGUUUAAUGCACGUAUUGAAGUACCGUGGUAAAGUCACAGAACCGGAAGCACGAUAUUACAUGAAACAAAUGGUAACCGGUGUAGCGUAUAUUCACUCGCAGAAGGUCGUCCAUCGGGAUUUGAAGCCAGGCAACAUGUUCCUGUCAGAUCGUAUGAUCGUCAAAAUUGGAGACUUUGGUUUGGCUACGAGGCCUGAUGGUCAACGUAGACGAGUGACCAUAUGUGGUACACCGAAUUAUAUUGCACCGGAAGUGUUGUACAAACAAGCGUACAGCUAUGAGGCGGAUGUUUGGGCGUUAGGUUGCAUCCUUUAUGCAUUACUGGUCGGACAGCCACCCUUCGAGACAGCGACAUUAGAGAAAACCUACGCGAGAAUAUGUAAAAAUGAUUAUCGCGAGGUCGAUGACUCGAUAGCAAGCAGGAACGGUCAGAAUCUUAUAAACUGGUUGCUACAACCGAAUCCAGAACUCCGACCGUCCUCGGAAUGGGUGAAGGAACAUCCGUAUCUUACAAAGGAAUACAUACCACCCUCUUUACCGCACACUUGUUGCUACCAAAUGCCGCACGCUACGAUACUCGAGCCAGCUUCUUCUUCUUCGCCAUCUUCGGUCUCGACUGCUUCCAGAAAUCAGGAACUUGGGAAAGCUCAGGUUUGGCAAAGUUUAGAUCAUCCAGAUAUUUAUCCACGUUCUCAGCAACGAGCAACGAUGCCUAACGCAAACCAACAACCAACGCAAAAUCAACAUUUGCUCGAACGGUCUCAAAAAAAUAUACAAAAAGAUUCGAAGGUGUCCAAUUGGCUGGUACGAAAAUUACCUAAAUUACCCAGGUUCAAACAACGAUUAAGUAGCGUACUUUGUCCCGACAAUAAAAAGACUAGUCUACUUGCUCAAAGUGCUCAGAUGCAUCGUGCAUUGGACAGUUUUGUUUCCGAAAUGAAACGUAACAAUUUGCAACAGAAUCCGCCUGGUGUCGAAGAUAUCGUGCCCCUUUUUGUCACAAAGUGGAUAGAUUAUUCCAACAAAUAUGGAUUAGGUUUUCAAUUGUCAGAUAAAUCAGUUGGUGUUUUAUUCAACGACAAUACCAAGAUCAGUUAUACUCAUGACAGGAGAAGAAUCGAAUACAUGACAAUCGACGACGAAGUUACGAGAUAUCACCGUGAAAGGGAUAUACCUGUACCUUUGCAGAAAAAACUUGAGCUACUUCAUCACUUUACUCAAUACAUGGACGAAUUUUUAACGGAAGGUGGUGAAUUAAAGAAAUAUCGUACAACGGUGAAACAAUCAAAGAACGCUUAUGUUCCACGCAUGAGACGGUGGCUUAGGACAGAUAAAGCAAUUGUUAUGGAAUUAACAGUUCCAUUACUCCAAGUAAACUUCUUCGUGGAUCAUACAAAGAUAAUAGUAUCUCAGGAAACUGGCAAAGGGUAUUUGAUUACCUACAUCGACACCGGUAGACAUGUAUCUUCUUAUUGGCUAAAUGAUCUUCGCGAUUUCGGUUGUACUGCUGAUCUUUAUGAACGACUUUAUUACGUCUGCAAGGUUACUAGAGAAUUUGCAGAGUUAGACAAUAACACGAUUGCUUGACCAAAAAAUGUUGUUCUUCGACGACGUUCCUUUCAAAACGUUAAAUUCAAGUUCGGUAAAAAAACGAAGUUAGGUCGGUUGACUUGAAAAAAAUAUCGAAACAAUAUAUUAUUUAAAUCAUCGUUCUCUAAAUGUUGUUGGAUCAGAGUUUCCAAAAUUACGCGAACUCACUGACAAAAAUCCUGAUAUUUUCCAUACAUCGUAGACACCUGUGUACAUCGAUUUAAAACAAAAAAUGGAAAAUCGAUGAGAAGAGCCUUAAUCAUUUCUUUCAUCGAUAAUUUGUACAUUCGAUAAAAACAUUGAUCGUUAUAGUUAACUUAGAUUUAAGAUAAUUGUAAUGUUAGGAAUGUGAAAUAACGUCUUUCCAUUAUUUAAUCGAACAAUAAUACUUCGAGAUAUGUUCCAAUGAUGAUGCCCACGUAUCUAAUAAAUGAUCAUAGAUCUCUCUAAUUUGUUCCUGGAGGAUUAGAAAUUUGUCGCCAAAAUUAAUUGUA